UAAGGACUGAAGACUCUAAACAGGGUUGCUGUAUGCCACAUAAAGAGACUGGAAUUUGAACUGGUUUAGUCAAAUACAAAGGAAUAAUGCUACAAAAACAUAUAGAUAUGGUGUAUAUUUGAAGAGAUACAUUUGUGUACUUGUAGUCUGGAGAAGCUCUAAAUUAACCCAUCAUAUUCUACCCUUUACUCCUUUAUAGCUGUGUGAGUUAUACAUAGAGACAUAGUUAAUUGAUUGAUCAAUUAUUUAUUUAUUUACAUGUCAUGCACACAAAGUGCCCAACCCUCAUGGGUUUAUAAAACAACAGAAAUUCAGUUGCAGCUGCAGUUACAACUCUGACCUAUCAAUUCCCUUUUUAUCCUGCUCUCCUAUUGGCUGAUGCGAUGCUGGCUUGGGCCAUCAGAGCAGCCAGAGUACCAAGAGGAGGAGCGCCCAAAACCCAAACCUAUUGCGCCCCCACAACUUGCCCCCCCAAAGAUUCCUGAGGGUGAUAGGGUGGACUUUGAUGACAUCCACAGAAAGCGUAUGGAAAAGGACACACUGGAGUUGCACACUCUGAUUGACGUCCACUUUGAGCAGAGGAAGAAGGAUGAGGAAGAACUUAUCGGGCUCAAGGAGCGAAUCGAGCAUCGUCGGUAUGAGCGAGCAGAGAUCCAACGGGUCAGAGCAGAGAAGGAGAAGGACAGACAGAACAGGAUUGCGGAGGAACGUCACAGAAAAGAAGAAGAGGAGGCCAAGAAGAAGGCUGAUGAUGAUGCCAAAAAGAAGAAAGUGCUUUCUGGCAUGGGAGCGAACUUCGGAGGCUUCCUGACCAAGGCUGAGAUGAGGAAGGGGAAGCGUCUGACUGGCAGAGAGAUCAAGAAGAAGACUCUGGCUGAGAGACGAGAGCCGCUGACAAUUGAUAAUAUGAGAGAAGACGCGCUCAAGCAACGGGCCCAGGAGAUGUGGAACUGUAUCUACCAGCUGGAGUCUGAGAAGUUUGACUACAUGGAGUACAUGAAACACCAGAAAUAUGAGAUCAUUGUGCUGCUGAACAGGAUCCAACAUGCUCAGAAAUUCAAAAAGGUCCAUGGAAAAGGGAAGGUGGGCGGACGCUGGAAGUAAAAGAGGGCAGAAGAAGAUAACAAGAUAACAAAGGCACAAUGAUAAUAAAUAGUUCUGUGACAAUGUAGGGAUGGAGUAAGCUUACAUUAUCCUCUUCAUAGUCCUCUAGUGUCAGAGUUGCUCUUUAGGCCUUUUCUGUGUUUGUAAAAGAUGUUGAAUGUUUCUUGAUAAAAUGUAUUGAUAAUAAAACCAGAUGCAUUACUGUGCUAUAUUACUUUACCAGGCAUACAUAUCAAGUCCAAAUAAAUGAAAAAUGGUAAUAAUUCCAUAUGGGUUGAUCACAGCACUGAUGCUGUAAUAAUAUGUGAUGUCAUUUGGGCAAUCAAACUGCAGGUGAGUUGGCAACAAUAGCUAGUGUGCUCUAAGAGAAAGGUUUGAAACAAUCAUACAUGCAAAAGAGAAAAGCUCAUUCUGUUAAAAACAGAGGAGCAGGUUAGUAAAAUGACAUUUUACAAAUCAACAGGGUUCAUCCUUGACAGCACAUCAUCAGGGUUUAAAUGAUGGGAUUUUACCCUUUCAUACAUUCCUUUGAGGGAAUGUUCUUUUUGGGUUGUUGUGUUUAUUUGGUGGGUGAUAGUAAGUAUAACCAAAAAGUCAUAGAAGUAAAUAAGGGGGAAAAGUGUUUUA